UAGAAGAAGAAUAACAACAAGAAGAAAAAAAAAAAAAGAUAAGAUAAAAAGAAAGAUGUCCAUUGCUUCAUCCAUUCCUUCCAUCAAGAUCAAGAUCUCCCCUUCUUCUCCAUUUCAUCACCACUCCUCCAAGCUCUCUUUCAAGCCUAAGACCACCAUCUCCAUUAUCAAGAGUUCCCAAGCUGAUGGCCCUCUCAGAAGACCUUCAACUCCUUCUCUUUCUCCACCUCCACCAUCACCUUCACCUUCACCUUCACUUUCUCCUACUCCUCCUUUGAAGCCCUCUACCCAAACUCCUUCACCUACCAAACCCAAGGAUUUUGUGGUCACUUUGGAGUACCAGAGAAAGGUGGCCAAGGAGUUGCAGGAGUAUUUCAAGCUGAAGAAACUUGAGGAAGCUAACCAAGGCCCCUUCUUUGGUUUCAUGACCAAGAAUGAAAUCUCUAAUGGCAGAUGGGCAAUGUUUUGGGUUUGCUGUUGGAUUGUUGACAGGAAAUAUGCUACUGGUUCAGAUUUGGUUCAACAGGUCAAGAUACUUCUCUCCAAUUUUGGAGUUGUAGACUUGGAAUGAUGCACUUUUACAAGUUCAGAAUACAUUAAUUAAUAAUAUGUCUCCCUUUGUUUUGCUUUGUAUUUAUUAUUUAAAUGAUCUCCAAAGACUUGUUUU